AUGGGUGACGAACCGAGCGAAGUGUGAGUCAAUAUUAGUUUUCACACAAAAACGCGUGUUAUGACGCGGAAAAGCUACAAAAUCAGCAAAAAUUCAAUUUUCAGGAAUGCGUCCGCCAAAAACGAAUCCUUCGACGAGACGGACAGUUUCGACGAGCCAAAAGGCGUGCCGAUAUCUCUCGAACCGGUUUUCUCGACUGCCGGCGGCGUCCGAAUCGAUGUCGACCCGGAGGCGCUCGAAAAAUCGAGACGUCUGUUGAGUGUGCGUUCUUUUUUGCUGUAAAAGUGUUGGAAAAACUGAAAAAUCAUUUUCUGAGCACCCUGAAAAUUGCCAAUUUUCCACUUUUCCAGUCCGAUUCCCGUAAACCGUCAAAAUCCAGUUUCUCGUCGCCGCUCAUCAAAAUGAAGGCGAACGGAGACGGCGCCGGCUCUUCCAGACCCUUCAUUUCGCCUUUUCGACGUGAUGAGUUAGUUUUUAGGCCAAUUUUCUCCGAAUAAUCUUUUUUGCAGACAAAGCUCGUCGACAAAACGCCCAGCCUCAAAUGCUGGAAAUCAAGAGGAAACCGGAGCUCCGCCGGCCAAAAAAUCCACAAUUCCGCCGUUGAGAGACCGAAAAUCAUCAGGAAAAACCGAGCGGAAGGGUAAUUGUUAAGCAAAAACUCAAAAUUAAUCGCAACAAUUCAGAGAUCCACGCCGACGUGCUUCGAGUGGCGAAAAUUGCCGAAAAGGAUCAAAUUCGAAUGAUUUUGCAAGAAUCGCAUCAUGCGUCGCUCAUUUUGGCCACGUGCAGCACUCGGCGCGGCAGCGACAUCAAAUACGGCGACAGAAUCCACGUGGACGCGCAGAUUCUCAAAAAAAGUGGGGUUUUUUUAGGGAAACAUGGUUUCCGUCGAAAAACCAACCAGAGAAACAAUUUAUUCCAAUGUUCUAUUGCUUUCUGAAGUCUAGACUUUUGGCUCGCUUGCCCCACAAUGAUCUGAUCGGGUCCAAACUUUUCAGGCUUUUUACACUUUGAUUGAUGUAUAUUGGGUCCGAGUUUCAGACUCAUCGGACUACCUAGGCCGGAGGUAUGUCGAUCAGAGGCCCCAAUUUUUGCAAAAACCCUACCUUUUCGGCCUCUCUCGGAGCCAGAUGAUCCGAUCGGUCUGAAACUCGGAUCCAAUAUACCUCAAACCAAGUUCAAGAAGCCUGCAAAGUUUGGACCCGAUCAGAUUAAGUGGAUCCAAAGUCCAGGCCUUCAAAAAGCCUGGGCAAGCCUGGAGUCAAGAAAAGCCUCAGUAGAAAUAAUGCUAAACAUUUCCAGACGAUUCCGACGCCAUCUCCGAGGUCUACGUCGAAAAAGUGAUCAAACACAAGAAGAAUGGUGCAUCUUCCGGAAUUCGUCGUCAUUCGAUCGCCAAAAAACCGUUUUGCCUUCCGCCGAAAUGUGAGAUUUCUCAAGUAAUUCGCAAAAAAGAAAAAACCAAUUUGCAGUCAUCCACGAGCUGACGGCCGACGUGAAAAAGGCGGUGCUCCACGUGCACAUUCUCGAUAUGAAAAUUCAAAUUUACGAUGGGUACAGUCCACUUUUUUCGUGUCAAGACCCUAUUAUGCUCAUUUUCAGGUGUAGCAACUGUAAAUUUUUAUGGGAAAACGAAAAGACGCAUAAGACGUGUACCAAUUGCAAGAGCUCAAGAGUCAAAGUCGAACCGCAGAUAUUUUGUAAAGUAAGGAAAGAAUGGAGAGGGGGUGGGGGAAAUGUAGAGAAGAUCGAGUGA